CAUGUCAUCAGUGUGUCUUUUCACUACCACACUCCCUCCCUAUUUCUGAGUGUGGAGUUAAAUGGGGAAGAUCAGCUGGUUCCUCCUGUAACAUGAGCUACAUUGUCCCGCUGGACAGUGGAGUUUACUGGUAUGAGUCCAGAGAGGGAGCAACCAGUAACAGCAUCAACAUCACUGUCACUGAUGGAUCAGUGAUCCUGCAGAGUCCUGUCCUCCCUGUGAUGGAGGGAGAUGAUGUCACUCUGCACUGUAAAACAAAGACCUCCAACCUCCCAGCUGAUUUCUAUAAAGAUGGCUCCCUCAUCAGGACUGAGCCUGCAGGUCACAUGACCAUCCACCAUGUUUCCAAGUCUGAUGAAGGCCUCUACAAGUGUAACAGAAAGUCAUGGAGAGUCUCCACCCAGCUGGAUCACUGUCACAGGUAAAGAAGCCCCGCCCCCUGUCUCAUCAUCCUUCCAGCUUGUGUUCAGACUGGACUGCCACCUAGUGGUGUUCUGUCUGUGCUUCAUCUC